AUGCCGAUGAAAGAAGGUUUGCUGGGUGAUUCUAAAGCCUUAGCCAAUGUUAGACUUAACCAAACAGUUAAGCGAUUGCAUAAGAAUCCCAUGAUGCAAAAUUUAUAUAAGGAAUUUAUUGCAGAAUACGAAAGUUUGGGUCAUAUGGAAAAAGUAAAUAAUGGCCUUUGUGAAGGAUCCUAUUAUUUGCCGCAUCAUGGAGUUUAUAAACCUGAAAACUCAACCACAAAAUUAAGGGUUGUAUUUAAUUCCAGUGCCCCUAGUACAUCGGGACAAAGUUUAAAUGAUUUGCUUCUUGCCGGUGCAGUGAAAGAAAAUAUUUUUGAAAUAAUGACUAGAUUUCGGACUUAUAAAUACGCAUUUACGGCAGAUAUUAAGAAGAUGUACCGUCAAAUAUUAAUUGAUGAAUCACAAAGAAGUCUGCUAAAAAUAUUAUGGAAGGAUAAUAUGAAUGAAUCUCCAACUACUUAUCGUCUUAACACUGUCGCUUACGGCACAAAAUCGGCUCCAUUCUUGGCCAUUCGUUGUUUGAAGCAACUCGCUUUGGAUGAAGCGAAAAAAUUUCCGUUAGCUUCGCAAAUUACACUAACAGAUGUGUAUAUGGACGAUUUCGACUCGGGUGCUGCUACUUUAGAAGCAGCCCAGGAAUUACAAAGGCAGUUGAUACAAAUGCUGCAAACUUGUGGCAUGGAGCUUCAUAAAUGGACUUCAAAUUCAUCUGAACUCCUAAAUAAUAGCUCUGAUUAA